AUGAAGCAGAAGAUGGGGUUGAAGAAAGGGCCUUGGACUCCAGAAGAAGACCAAAAACUCUUGUCAUGCAUUCGACAGCACGGCGAUGGAAGCUGGCGUUCCUUGCCUGCAAAAGCCGGGCUUCAAAGAUGUGGAAAAAGUUGCAGACUUAGGUGGAUUAACUACUUGAGACCAGAUAUCAAAAGAGGAAAGUUCAGUUUACAGGAAGAGCAAACCAUCAUUCAACUUCAUGCCCUUCUUGGAAACAGGUGGUCGGUUAUCGCGUCUCAUUUGCCUAAAAGAACCGACAACGAGAUCAAGAACUACUGGAAUACACGGUUGAAGAAGAGAUUGUCGAGCAUGGGGAUCGAUCCCUUGACUCACAAGCCGAAAACCGAUAGUUCGAGCAGUGGUAACCCCAAGGAUGCCUCUAAUCUUAUCCACAUGACUCAAUGGGAACGUACUCGGUUAGAAGCUGAAGCUAGAUUAGUACGAGAGUCAAGACGACGGCUCGUCAUCUCGACUUCCUCGGCUCCUCCACCACCACCACCACCGGUGAAUAAUGAAAAUUUUUGUCAUGUAACUAAGCCACCGUGUCUCGACGUGCUCAAAGCUUGGCAACGCGUAGUCAGUGGUUUGUUCACUUUCAACACAACCGAAUACAACAACGACCUCCAAUCUCCGACCUCGACGUUGAACUUCGUCGAGAACAUAUUGCCGGUCUCGUGCGUCGGAUUCAAAAAUGACGGGUUUGUUGGUAACACAAAUGAUGGGAAAUGUGUGGAUUCAACGACGGAUUUGAACGUAGCGUUGGGCUGCUCCCCUGAAAAUGCAUGGUGGCCGGAUAUCGCCGUGGAAUUGGAAGGGUAUUCGGUGGAUACGACAACUGUCUGUAAUGCCGAGAACUUUGAUGUGGGGACAGAUUAUGCUACUGAUUUCGAAGAAAACAAUAAUUACUGGAACAGCAUGCUUGAUUUGGCGAAUGUUUCACCAUCUGGAUCAUUUUUUAUAUGA